UAUUAAAGUUGUUGAUAAAAUGCACUGAGUGGUCAGUACAUGCUGAUAUGAGCCAUUUAUUCAGUGCAAACAACCUGCUGAAUCUCUCGUCUCCUCCUCUGACGGGCGGUACAGGUCCACUGAUGAAUACAGCUGCAUUCAGAGAGUUUACAGUAUGUAAUAAUCCAGUAAAGUCCCGUUUCAGAGCCUCCGACUGUUGUUUGGACACAUCGUUUGACCCUGUAUGCAGAACAAUGUUUGUCACAGUUGGAUAUUCAUCUGCAAUCUGAAGAAUUCUCUCCUUCAGGUUGUUGACCAUAUCCUUAGGAAAGCAGAGGACUUUAGUGUUCUUACCGCACAUCCUUUGUACAUCCUUUACGGCAGAGUCACCCACAAUCAGAGUUUCAGGCCUAGCCUUUAGCUUUCCCUGUGGCCUUUUACUUUUCAACAGAUUUUCAGACUUUACUUCGCUACUUUUAGGUGGAUGGUUGUCCGAUAUAGAUUGUUAAGGUUCAUUUUGAGGACGAGAGAGAUGUGGGAGAUCGGAAUAACACACUGACCCAGUCAGUUGGAGUCAACGAAUGAUUUUUAAUGAAGCACACGCAGCGUGGGAGAUGGACACUGUAUACAAACAGCAUCAAAAUCUCUUCGCCCAGACUUCAAAAUACAGUUUUAUAUGCAUCAGAGUAUAUUUAGUGACGCCCCCUCAUUGCGUCAUCACAUACAUCAGUUUCAAAACCACAAAUGUUCUAUUUGACAACUUGUGACAAAAGUAAAAGGACACCGGCUUCCAUCUUCUCCCUGGUGGUUUCCCGUAAGCCAGCUCAGCUCAUCUGUUUCUUCAUCAGUCACAGGAAGCAUGCUCAACUUUCACCUACACCCUAACCGUAUGUGUGUGUAUGUGUGUGUAUGUCUGCCUGUGCGUGCACAGAGUGUGCAUAUGCUCUCUGCACCUUAGUUGACCUCGGCCUAGGCAACCAGGCUGAGGCCAUCCUGUUUUGUGAUGAUCUUAACUUCUAUGUAAAAUGUAUAAAACAAAUGUUUCAAUCUAAUACCACUACUUAAAACUUAAUCAAAGCUUAAUCAGAGAUAUAAAUGCAUAACAAAAUGACAAAACAACUUGCACUCAGACUCUGCUUUCAGUUUCCAGUUUCCUGUUUCCUGUCUCCUUUUGGCACAGAGUAUAUUUCCUGUCCCUGCAGCUCAGCAAUUUAAAGUGAUUCUUACUAGACCUGUACUAAAGGCUAAUACUGUAUAUUUAAACCUAUGAAUGCAGUAUCGAUACUUCAAUAAAUGUGUCAAUGCAAAGGCUUGCUAUAUGAUUAUGAUGCAACAGUAAUGACAAAAUAAUAAAAAUAGAAUUAAUAAAAAUAAAAUAAUAGAUGGAAAUAAUAAAAAUAACAAAAAAUAAUACUUCCUUCCCAACAAGAUCCAGGGUCCUUUGAUAGUGGAGCAAAUCUGUUCUGCAGUUUCACAUUCAGUUGUUUUGGAGGUUUGUUGUUAACCUUCCUAUUCACGGUUGUCCAGUCCUGUUUCCUCCCGUAUACAGGGGUAGAAGAGCUUCUCUGUCUCGUAGGAAGUGAAGGCCAGUCGGUUUCACAGAUUUCAGCUCGCUGUGCUCUGCAUGUGAUACGUCCUCCCCCUUCCAGGAGACAUGAUUUAUGUCUUGGUUUUGCACCAAGACAGUCCAAGGGGGGAUUAUUGCUUGAGGAUUUAUUAUAAUGCACAGAGUCUACUUUCUUGGUCAUGUUAUCUGUGCUCCUUAGCUGUGUACUAGCUUGCUCAUCGCCAUUGCUUUGAAUCAACGGCGAGGUUGUUUCAUUUCCACACAGUCCAUUUACCUCCACGUUUACUUCUAAGCGAUGAAUUUUUGUCUCCAGUACUGCAAUUUUCUGCAGGAGGCUGUGGUUGUCAUCUGUGGAGAGGGAAGGCAUCUUGUUGCUAGUUAGCCUAGCGGUUAGCACCUUUCCAGGCUAUUGAGGCUGUUCGGUGUCCAAACGCUGUAAUCAGGGUUCAGCUGUGUCUAGGCCAAGGACACACGGAGCGCUGAGGAUAAGGUAACUAAAAAUGUUGCUGUUCUGUUAAGAACACUUUAGUCCUAAUGAUCUAUAAGUGUCCAGAAGCUCUCGCAGGUAAGCUCAUUUAGAAAAAAGGGAAAAAAUCAGCAUAAAAAUCAAUAAAAGAAGCAAAGCAUUUGAAAAGCAAAGAGAGGAAGCGUCCACACUCACGAAAGGGGCGGAGAAAAUAAGUAUAAAUACUUAUUUAAUAAAAGCUCACAAAAUACCACUAAUAAAAGCCCGGUUAGAAUAAUGUAUUUCCCACAAAUCACUGCCUCUGUUUUUGUCUCUGUCACUGCAGGACCAACGUGGAUCGAGAAGUCAGCGCUCUCAGGAGGCCGACAAUUUUGUUGAAGAAAGAAGUGGAAGAAAAAAAUACAACCGUGACGAGUUUGGGAAAGAUUUUACUGUGAAAGCUUCCCUAAAAAUGCAUCAGGUCAUCGACACCGGAGAGAGACCAUUCAGCUGUGGAGACCGUGGAAAGUCUUUUACCACGUCUGGAAGCUUAAAAACACACCAACUAAUCCACACCGGAGAGAGACCGUUCAGCUGUGGAGACUGUGGAGAGUCUUUUACCCAGUCUGGAAGCUUAAAAACACACCAACUAAUCCACACCGGAGAGAGACCGUUCAGCUGUGGAGACUGUGGAGAGUCUUUUACCCAGUCUGGAAGCUUAAAAACACACCAACUCAUCCACACUGGAGAGAGACCGUUCAGCUGUGACGAGUGUGGAAAGUCUUUUACGCAGUCUGGAAAUUUAAAAACACACAAACUCAUCCACAGUGGAGAGAGACCGUUCAGCUGUGAUGAGUGUGGAAAGUCUUUUACCCACUCUGGAAGCUUAAAAACACACCAACUCAUCCACACCGGAGAGAGACCAUUCAGCUGUGGAGACUGUGGAAAGUCUUUUACCACGUCUGGAAGCUUAAAAACACACCAACUCAUCCACACUGGAGAGAGACCGUUCAGCUGUGGAGACUGUGGAAAGUCUUUUACCAGGUCUGGAAGCUUAAAAACACACCAACUCAUCCACACCCGAGAGAGACUGUUCAGCUGUGGAGACUGUGGAGAGUCUUUUACCAGGUCUGGAAGCUUAAAAACACACCAACUCAUCCACACUGGAGAGAGACCGUUCAGCUGUGACGAGUGUGGAAAGUCUUUUACGCAGUCUGGAAAUUUAAAAACACACAAACUCAUCCACAGUGGAGAGAGACCGUUCAGCUGUGAUGAGUGUGGAAAGUCUUUUACCCACUCUGGAAGCUUAAAAACACACCAACUCAUCCACACCGGAGAGAGACCGUUCAGCUGUGGAGACUGUGGAAAGUCUUUUAUCCACUCUGGAAGCUUAAAAACACACAAACUCAUCCACAGCGGAGAGAGACCGUUCAGCUGUGGAGACUGUGGAAAGUCUUUUAUCCACUCUGGAAGCUUAAAAACACACAAACUCAUCCACGCUGGAGAAAGACUGUUCAGCUGUGAUGAGUGUGGAAGGUCUUUUAUCCACUCUGGAAACUUAAAAACACACCAACUAAUCCACACUGGAGAGAGACCGUUCAGCUGUGGAGACUGUGGAAAGUCUUUUACCCAGUCUGGAAGCUUAAAAGAACACCAAUUAAUCCACACUGGAGAGAGACCGUUCAGCUGUGGAGACUGUGGAAAGUCUUUUACGCAGUCUGGACACUUAAAAACACACCAACUCAUCCACAGUGGAGAGAGACCGUUCAGCUGUGACAAGUGUGGAAAGUCUUUUACGCACAUUUCAAACUUAAAAUCACAUCAACUCAUCCACAGUGGAGUUAAAGCGUACACCUGUGAUCAGUGUGGCAGAGCUUUUACUCACAGUAACAGCUUACAGAGUCAUCUAGUUACCCACUCUGGAAUUAAAGCGUACAGCUGUGAUCAGUGUGGUAAACAGUUUACUACAAACACAGAGUUACGACGUCACAUGUUUACCCACACUGAGGAACGACCUUAUAAAUGUGACCUGUGUGAGAAGACUUUUAAAUCUCCACGUUACCUGAAAAGACACCAACAGAUCCACACCAGAAAGACUCUACAAGUGCAGUUACUGUGAGAAGCAGAGCGACACAGAUGGAUCAAGUUCUCAACCCUGUCAUCGCUGUGGGAAAGACUUUUGUUGUGACCUUUGUGGAAAAACUUUAAGUCAUUGAAGGACUCUGAAAAUACAUCAACGUAGACACACUGGAGACAAAAUGAACUACUGUAAAGAAUGCGGGAGAGGCUUCACCACUUCAAAGGACUUCAAACAAUAUGAACUCCUUCACAGUGGCGUUAAAAAGCAUGUCUGCGAUCAGUGUGGGUCA